UUUGAAUUCAUCAGCGAAACGAAGCAAGCUGUUCUGGCUACGUGGCCGUAGUGACGUCGGCAAAGUUGACGUUUCACAAACAUGGCGUCGCAGCAGAGUGAAGUGGAUGAGCUGUUCGAUGUGAAAAACGCUUUUUACAUUGGCAGUUAUCAACACUGCAUUAACGAAGCCCAAAAAGUAAAGACAUCAGGGCCAGAAAAGGAUGCAGAGAAGAACAUUUUUCUGUACAGAGCAUACAUUGCUCAGAGGAAGUAUGCUGUGGUUCUGGAUGAAAUAAAGCCCAGCUCCUCUGAGGAGUUGCAGGCUGUUAGGAUGUUUGCUGAGUACCUGUCAAAUGAAGGAAAGAGAGAUGCAAUAGUGGCAGAACUGGACAAAAAGAUGGCUAAGAGUGUUGAUGUUUCCAACACCACCUUCCUGCUGAUGGCGGCUUCCAUCUAUCUGCAUGAGAUGAACACAGAUGCUGCGUUACGUACCCUGCACCAGGGAGAGAGUCUGGAGUGCAUGGCCAUGACUGUCCAGAUACUUCUCAAGUUGGACAGAGUUGAUAUGGCAAGAAAGGAGCUAAAGAAGAUGCAAGACCAAGAUGAAGAUGCCACUUUAACUCAGCUUGCUACAGCCUGGGUCAACCUUGCCAUCGGGGGAGAGAAAUUGCAGGAUGCGUUCUACAUCUUCCAGGAAAUGUCAGACAAGUACUCGCCCACACUGCUGCUGCUGAACGGUCAGGCUGCCAGUCACAUGGCUCAGAAUAAGUGGGAUGAGGCUGAGUCAGUACUACAGGAUGCUCUGGACAAAGACAGCAGCCACCCGGAGACACUCAUCAACCUCAUUGUGUUGACACAGCAUUUGGGCAAACCUCCUGAGGUGACAAAUCGAUAUUUGUCUCAACUGAAAGAUGCACACAAGUCACAUCCUUUUAUUAGGGAUUAUCUUGCUAAGGAGAAUGAAUUUGACAGACUUGCCAUGCAAUACGCCCCCAGCGCCUGAAAGAAGUAUACGGUUUCUAUUUAUGUCUCCUACAAUGCAACACAAUGUUAUUUCUUUUUUUUUUUAAUGCCUUUAAACAAAAACUAAUUUUGACAUGCCCAAAUGUUCUACAAACAUUCCUGUAUCAUGGUUAAAUAAACAUGUUUAUCAUACAUGAUCAUA